AGGCGGUAACAAGAAGGGAAGACACAAGAGCUUUGGAGCAGACAGUGCGAGAGUGUGAGGACCAAGCGUAUGCUUUGUUGUCAUCAUGGAGGACGGGGUAAAUUUCAAGCAAUGGCGUAAACUCAGCCCUACUGGUACUCCUCCUCAGGCAAGGCAAGGGCAUGCAAUUGGAGUUGUCAAAGGCAGGGCUUAUUUGUUUGGGGGCACAGCUACUGAUGAAGCUAAUUCCACUAUCUUUUUCAAUGAUCUUUGGUCUCUGAAGUUGAAUGAUUUUGAAGAGAUGGAAUGGAAGCUAGUAACACAGACUGGUGAUGUACCUCUUGGCAGAGAAGGACAUUCACUGAAUGUUGUUGGUGACGAGCUAUUUUUGUUGGGUGGAGUUGAAUCUGAUAAUGCUGCUACCUGUGCCGAAGGUCUGUAUGUUUUCAAUACAGACACUCACAAUUGGGUAAGAAGAGAAAUGACUGGAGAUAUACCUAAAGCACAGAGCUCAAAAUAUGUUGUGACUAGUGAUGGAAAAAGAAUAGUAACUUUUGGUGGUGUUCUGAAUGGGCAUGCAUGCAAUGACACUUUUGUGAUGGAUAUAGAAACAUUGGAGUGGAAGUGCAUUGCAACAAGUGACAUGAAGCCGUCAUCUCGCUGUGAUUAUGGAUGUGUUGUUAUGGACAAUAAGAUGUAUGUUUUUGGAGGAAGUGGUGGGGAAUCACUCUGGUUUAAUGACUUGAGCUAUUUGGAUCUUGAUACAUAUAACUGGACAUUAGUUGAGUCAAUAUCACUGUCCCCACACCCAAGGGACUAUCCUGCACUUGUUGCCAUAAGUAAUCAGAUAGAGAAACUCCUGAUUGUUUUUGGUGGAUUUUCCUGCUUGAAUGAAGAAGAUAUUUGCUUAAAUGACACACAUUUUUUACGAUGUCAGUUAUCAAAUUUAAGUUGGAACCAGUUUGUGUCAUCUGAUGGGAUUGAGCCUAAUGGAAGAUAUGGACAUACAGCAUUUGUUCAUGAAAAUAGACUAUAUGUACAAGGUGGACAGAGCAGUGAGGUAUUGUUCAAUGAUUUGUGGAUGGUAGAUAUCAUUCUUCCUGAAGUGAACUUCUCUCCUACUGUUGCUCCUAAACGAGACUAUGAUACAGCUUUACCAAUACCAGCUCCUAGAAAAAAACUACCUCCUCCAACUCCUACAGAAAUAAAUGAGAGAAGCUUUGAAGAUCUUCGCUCUCAAUAUCUUACACAAAUUAAUGAAAUGUUUGACACGCUAAGCGAGAAAUUUAGAGAACUUGAUGAAAUGUCAGCUAAGUUAGAUGCUGAAAGGAAGCAACUUGAUGAGGAAAGGGAAGAACUGCAUUCUACCUAUGACAGACAACAAGAGGAAUUGAAACAACUUCAUGAUCGUCAUCAACGAAGCAACGAAGAAUGGAUUCAAUCAUUGAAGCAGGAGAAUGAUGCAGAAAGAAAAGCAAUUGCUGAAGAGAAAGCUAGAUUAGAACAAGAGAAAAAGGAGCUUGAAAGUGAAAAGGAAAAGUUUAAUGAGAAGAGUAACAAAUUAGAUGCAAUUAUGAAACAAGUCCAGGGACUGAAGUGAACAGUACAUUUUUAUAGUAAUUAUAGUUUUUAUUUCCCAAGUGUGAAAAUUUUGCUCACGUUUUAUGUAGAGACAACAUCAUAAUGAUAUGUAA